GGAGAGAGAGAGAGAGAGAUUUAUCUGAUUUUUUUUUUUUUUUUUGGGGUCUGCCGUCAAUGGCGGGCGUAUCCCUCAAGUGCGGGGACUGUGGGGUUCUGCUGAAGUCCGUCGAGGAAGCUCAAGAACACGCCGAGCUGACCUCCCACUCUAACUUCUCCGAGUCCACCGAAGCCGUCCUCAACCUCGUCUGCUCUACUUGUGGAAAACCAUGCCGAUCCAAAACUGAAAGCGAUUUGCAUACCAAAAGAACUGGGCACAUUGAAUUUGUGGAUAAGACUUCGGAGGCAGCAAAGCCCAUAAGUUUGGAGGUCCCAAAGGCACCUGAUGGAGGGGCGGAAGGAUCUUUUGAUGCGAGUUCUAGCCAGUCUGAAGAAAUGGUUGUACCGGAGGUUGACAAAAAGCUGCUUGAGGAACUUGAAGGAAUGGGUUUUCCAACAGCGCGAGCAACACGUGCCCUUCAUUAUUCUGGUAAUACGAGCUUGGAGGAUGCAGUGAAUUGGGUAGUGGAACAUGAGAAUGAUAAUGACAUAGAUGAGAUGCCACUGGUACCAGCAAAUACAAAAGUUGAGGCUUCGAAGCCUUCUCUUACUCCAGAAGAAGUGAAAGCCAAACAACAAGAGCUAAGGGAAAGAGCUCGCAAGAAGAAAGAAGAAGAAGAGAAGAUAAUGGAAAAAGAGAGAGAAAAGGAGAGGAUUCGAGUGGGCAAGGAACUUUUAGAAGCAAAGAGAAUUGAGGAAGAAAAUGAAAGAAAAAGAAUAUUAGCCUUACGGAAAGCAGAGAAAGAGGAAGAGAGAAGAGCUAGAGAAAAAAUUCGUCAAAAGUUGGAAGAAGACAAGGCAGAAAGAAGGCGGAAACUUGGAUUGCCACCAGAAGAUACUUCAGCUGCUAAAUCUUCUGCACCUGUUGUGGAAGAGAAAAAGAGCUUUCUACCAAUUAGGCCUGCCACCAAAGUAGAGCAAAUGAGAGAGUGUCUACGUUCUCUUAAGCAGAACCACAAGGAGGAUGAUGCAAAAGUGAAGAAAGCAUUCCAGACUCUUCUAACAUUUGUAGGAAAUGUUGCCAGAAAUCCAGAUGAGGAGAAAUUCAGAAAAAUUAGACUCAGUAACCAAUCUUUUCAGGAAAGAGUCGGGGCGCUGAGAGGCGGAAUCGAGUUUCUGGAGCUGUGUGGAUUUGAGAAACAAGAAGGAGGCGAGUUCCUGAUUUUACCCAGGGAGAAGGUUGACAGGGUAGUGCUGAAUUCAGCUGGGUCUGAACUGGACUCUGCAAUAAAGAAUCCCUUUUUCGGAGUUCUUUAAGUCCAAACAGAGAAUGCGUCAAAUGUAAAAGGAAUAUUUAAAAUUAAAAAAAAUAUAUUUUCUUGUUCCUUUUUUCUUUUUUUGGUGUGUGUGUGCAUUUUUCGUUUUAUUUUUAAGGGUCAAUGCUUGAUUUUUAUGAUUACAAGAAUGUAGAAGCCCUGAUGAAUGAUUAGUUCUAAUUUCCAUAAAAUGUUUUAUACAUUUUCAACUAAGAGUGAGUGGCUUUGAAGCCAUUCUAACAUCUUAAAGGAUACUAUAUUUGUCUAAUAUAUAAUUUAAUUAUUUGCAUUGUUAUUUAA